CCUCUCUGUCACAUGGUGCAGCAGUCAGCUGGGUGACAUCCAGGAUCUCGUCUCGGGAGGUCGGGAACUUGAGCGCACAGGGUUACGGCGGCUGCAGCAAUAUCCAGAACCCGAAGCAACAUCCAUUUUUUUUUUUUGCCUUUCCCCAACACGUUUUCGGAGAAGGGGGUGGGGGGGAAUCCAGCACUGUCCGCCCGCCACGCCCGGAGCACUGCCGUCAGGGUUUGUUGAGACUCUCAUCGCAAAAGUUGUUACACAGAGACAAUGUUUCCUCUUCACUAGAGAGGAACUCGACACUACAGCGCGUAGCACUUCCUCAAACUGUGUGGAGCUUGCUUCCAGGUCGCAAUAAGAGCGUGUGAAAGUGAAGACGUUACGUUGCCCCCGGAGCGAUGGAGCUGAGCCCCGCGUGGGGCUGCUGCCUCAGUCCGCAGGCCAAAGAGGCGCGGAGGAUCAACGCUGAGAUUGAGAAGCAGCUCCGCAAGGACAAGAGGGAGUCCCGACGCCAAUUUAAGCUCCUACUGCUGGGAACGGGUGAAAGCGGGAAGAGCACUUUCAUCAAGCAGAUGAGGAUCAUCCAUGGCUGUGGAUACACUGAUGACGACAGGAGAGGCUUCACCAGGCUGAUCUAUGAGAACAUCUUUACGGCCAUGCAAGCCAUGAUCCAAGCCAUGAGCACAUUACAGAUCCCUUACGACGACGAGAGCAACAAGGCUAACGGGGAUUUGGUCUGUGGUGUUGAGGCGGAAAGUCUAGAAACAUUACCAACACAGUACGUGGACGCCUUGAAGAGACUUUGGAGUGACCCAGGAAUUCAGAAAUGUUACUCUCGGAGGAGGGAAUACCAGCUCUCCGACUCAACCAAAUACUUUAUGACUGACCUGGAUCGAAUUGCUGAUCCUGCUUAUCUGCCAGUGGAGCAAGAUAUCCUGAGGGUCAGGGUGCCCACAACAGGAAUAAUAGAGUAUCCAUUUGACCUGGAGAAUGUGAUAUUCAGGAUGGUGGAUGUCGGUGGCCAGCGUUCUGAGAGGAGGAAGUGGAUCCACUGCUUUGAGAAAGUCACGUCCAUCAUGUUUUUGGUGGCGCUCAGUGAGUACGAUCAGGUCCUUGCUGAGUCCACCCAUGAGAAUCGGAUGGAGGAAAGCAGAGCCUUGUUCAAGACAAUCACAGAAUAUGAAUGGUUUAACGAUUCCUCGUUCAUCCUGUUUCUCAACAAGAUCGAUCUGUUCGAGGAAAAGAUCAAGUACUCACAUUUGGUGUCGUACUUCCCAGAUUAUAAAGGACCCAAGGAGGACGCCAAGGAAGCAGAAAAGUUCAUCUUGGACAUGUUCCUCAACUGCAACGAAAACAAAAACAUCUACCACCACUUCACGUGCGCCACCGACACCAAGAACAUCGAAAACGUCUUCAAGGACGUGAAGCACCACAUCAUGCAGGGCAACCUGAAAGAACAUAACUUGGUGUGAGCGCCUGGUGCCGCCGCCGUAAUUUAAUCGUCUCAGCGCAGCCGCUCGGACCGCGAGGGCUCUGCGGCGUCUCCAUUCCCUGCUGCUGCUGCUGCUGCUGCUCUUCCACACUUUAAUCCAAAACAGGAAAUUGAAGGGCUUCAGAGCUUGUCAUCAAAUGACUGUACGGCCGAUGCUUUUCAAAUUUUCUUGUUAGACUCUGUAAGUGGAUGUCUCUGGCUAUUACAAAGUGUGACCUGCCAAUUAAAGUGCUGGCUUUCAGCGGAGUCUAAUAUAGCGUGCACUCUGAAAUUUAUCGAGCGCUAUGGAGACAUUUCGGAGUGGUGGAAAUGCACACUGGCAGAUUAAUAGGGGGAAACAUAUUUUACUGCCCUCGAAUGCCUCGGAGGAAUUGCGAUGUGAUAGAUCUCUCCUUCAGGGAAGGUGCGGGACUGAAUCCUCUGCUGGAACUGGCAUCACUAAAAGAGUUUGGUGAUUUUAGUUUUUUUUUUAGAUUUGACUUUGAAAGCGUAGGUUGUGCCUUGACUAAAGGGGAACAUGUCAUAGUGAACACUAACAACAACAUUAAUUUAAAAGCGCACAUAUUGUUGCAUUUCUAUGUGAGCUCCACUUAGUGAGGCUUUGAUGAGCACUUUGGAUCUGCCUUUAAUGACUUUGCUGAAGAAAACUUUGUGAGAUGGCCGUUUUAAAGGGAUAGACUUUAAAUGGAUUGGUUUUGGUGUCCUCUGUCAAAGCAUGGAAGUUAAACAUUAUUUCAGGGAUUGCCGUAUUAACGUGUUGUUUCCUAGCUUAAAAAUCAUGUACUUUCAAGUCUUUAAUGUCGGAGCCUUGUUAUUAAUUUGAUUGGAUUUUGGACAUGUUGUAUAGUAUUAUAAUGUUUUGGUUUGAUCCAGUGUUAGAAGUCAGUGUUAGAAGGGGAAAUACUAAAGAUGGAGGUUGAUCAAAUGUUUACACAACCAUUUUUCUUCUUAACAAUGAAAAUAAAAGUGGAAAUCAAAUGUUUACCUACACUGUAAAAGCAUUUUUUUUCUUGCACUGUCUUAUAUAUAUAUCACAGACACAACCUGUCCUGUUUUAGGUCUGAUAGGAUCACUAAAGUUGUCUCUGUUUUGUUAAAGACCAGAAUAAAGAAUUAUAAAAAAAAAAAUUCUAAACUUUCUUCAAAUGCAGAACUUUAUAGAUGUUUCCUUAAUAUUUGGUAGCUCUUUUUUUUUACUGUAUGACUUGUGCCUAAUGUUUUCAAUAUCCUGAAAACAUUUGCUGUAAUUUGCCCCAGAACUGGUGUAACUUUUUAAAAGCUGCUCUUCAAGAAAUUAGUUUUUCUCUUUAAGAUGCUUUGUAACUAAUUUUGUGGUAUGAUUAGGCUCAGAGCC